AUGAGCUCUGGUGCAGCGGCUUUCUCUUGGUGGAGCCGAUUGGAUCGACUGUUGAAGUCAAACCUUUCAGAAAUUCCAAUGAACCGCUGCUAUUCCCGCCUCCUCCUUUUAAGAGCCGGAUUAGAAACCUGCUGCAACUGGUUCCAUCUAGACAAAUGCAUCACCAACAAAAACGGUUAUUACCACUGUGAUAACUGCCCACAUCAGUCCACAGACACGAGUAGCUCUAAGAACGCAAUAUCCACGUCGCAGCCAUACAAAAAUCAAAGCUUUCAUAAAGCUCUAAAGACCCAGUUUUCAAGGACUACGCACUGUAUCGAAAAGACCGCACGAACGGACGAGGCCUUAAGUGGUCAAGGAGUGCUAAGAAUCCCUGGGAAGUAUGCAAUAGCGGAGGGAUGUUGCAGAAAAAUUCAAAAUGGCCCCUCUAUGGUACUUAGAUUUGGAGCGCUCAAUGUUGGAUCACUGACUGGCCGCAGCAUGGAAAUCGCAGAAAUGCUCGAGCGUAGAAGGAUUGACAUCUGCUGCCUUCAGGAAACCCGAUGGAAAUUGAAUGGUGUCUGUCAUGUCAACUCAGACAAAGAAAAAUAUAAACUAUUCUGGAAUGGUCAAAAGACGGCCAAAAAUGGUGUUGGAAUUUUUGUCAGAGAACCGCUAGCCCAAGCAGCCACGUUAGAGAAAACAGAUGGUUUUGAAAACGUACAUGGCGGUUUUGUCUAUGGAGAACAUAAUGAAGAUGGCAACCGCAUCCUUGAGUUUGCUGAAAGUCACGGGUUUUGUUUACUGAACACAUAUUUUAGAAAGAGGUUAGAACAUCUCAUAACAUACAAAAGUGGACCAUCAGCCACGCAAUUUGAUUUCUUCGCUGUCAAGCAACAACACCGAAGGCUAUUCAAAAACGCCAAAGUUAUACCUGGCAAAUCAUACAUCCCACGAUACGCUCUGGCACUCAGCCUGGAUAAUUCACGAGAAGACCUAGCCUGGAAAAUCGAAAACUCAGGCUGCGGCACGCUCAACAGAGAUUUUCCAACCCGUCUGCCUACAACCCGUCAACCAUCGUCACCUGAUAUCUCCGUCGCAUCAGAUUCUUUAAUCGCAGGUGCAAACUGUGCAUAA